CGGCGUUUCAGGUAUCUGAUAGCUUUCAAAAAUUUACUGAGGAGCAUCGAGAGCUUGGGUAUUGCUUCCGUGUACGGAAUCAAUUACUUUGGACGCGGGAUCCUUCUGGGGGACAAUUACGUCAGCUAUGUUCGCCACGAAGCUCUUGGACGUGAUCUUCUUUCCGGAUCUCUCACAUACGUGCCUUCUCUCAAAAAUUUUUACGCAGAGCUCACCCGCACCAUGCCAGACUAUGGAAGAAUUAAAUCUAGACGAGAUGAAAUCCUCCAGAACCAGAAGAGGGAACCAAGUGUAGAGGAUGCUAUCGCUUAUUUCGAUUCAAUGGCAACUUACGUGGACGAGCUGCGUAAACUUCAACGAGAAUUACGUCACAUGAUUAGGGAUUAUGUGAAUUCAACUUUGCAAGACGCGAGUAACAAAGAAGUUGCUGGGAUAGCUAUAGUGGUGCUAGUGUUGGUCGUUUCCCCUAUCAUUAUAAUAUUAGUACGUAAUGCGGUUGCGACGAUACAAAUGUACGCGGCCAAUUUAGCGCAAAAGGCACGGGAACUGAAGCAGGAAAAAGGGAAGAGCGACACGUUGCUCUUUCAAAUGUUGCCGCCUAGCGUUGCUCAACAACUGAAGCAAACUCAACAGGUUGUCACCUUCCUAAAUUCCAUCUACAAGUUGUUCGACGCGCGUAUCGAAUGUUACGAUGUGUACAAAGUUGAAACCAUUGGCGAUUCGUACAUGGUUGCCUCUGGCCUGCCCGUUAGAAACGGAGACAAACAUGUGUCUGAAAUAGCGACAAUGGCCCUCGAUCUCCUGGCAGCCUCGUCGGUAUUCCAAGUACCGAAACGACCCGGAGAACGUCUUCAAAUACGAAGUGGUGCCCACACAGGGCCGGUAGUCGCUGGGAUCGUGGGAAGCAAAAUGCCUCGUUAUUGUCUCUUUGGGGAUACUGUGAAUACAGCCAGUCGUAUGGAAUCAACCGGAGAAGAAACCCACUCAAGGUCGUAAGAACCGACUGUCCCACCCGAAUCUUCACAUUACUCCUGUGAAGCCACCCCCUCAGUCGCAGUCGAGCAUCGAGUCGCAGGACUCGACGACGUACGAGGGGACUCAAUCAACGACACCUUGUCCACCGAGUUAUUCUCCCGCGAGUCAACGAAGUCGUUAUUCCCAACCGAAUCUGCCCACGCUCUUAAUAUCACACGAUAAAAGAUCCGGAGACCGGCGUAUAAGAAUGUCCCAGCCUACGUUGAACUCGAGCUUCAGCGGUAUCAAUUUCGUCGGGAUGAAUCGUAACUCCAGACUGUCUUACACUAGUCUUAGGGCAGCUUCUGGGGACAAUAGCAUUAACGAGGAGGAGAGGUUUUCAGCGCGAAGCGUGCAAGGCUUUGGCGGUGGAAGCUCGAGGGGAAGUUUAACGAUGGAUCAAGGUACCUCGAGAUUGUCACAGCCAGACGUAACGAGAUUCACCUUGCGCCAGGAGAUAUCGGCGAAGCGGGAUCGACUUUCCCAGUCCACUUUAGUUAUCGGUGAUUACCACCCUGGUCGUGGCCAGCAGAGAUUAUCCCAACCAUGCCUAAGCACAGGGAAAGAUCUUAAUUUGCCCACGAUGGUUUUCCAUUCUCCCUCUCCGCCGCCCGUGAAGCACAAGAGAUUCUCCCCUGCCAUACACGCCAGCCAGAGGGACCGUCUGUCGCAGUUGGACAUUGGUGCUAAAUACAGAAAUUUCAAAGAGUCCGCUGUGACGAAAUUCAAUCGGGACAGAUUCUCAAUACCGGAACUGGAGACGCAGAACGAUCUUAAGCUGAUAGCUGGCACGCCGAAGCAACGAUUCAGUUUGGACAGUCAAUUGACUCGUAACCAGGAUGCGACUCGGUCCAGACUAUUGCCGAUAGCCAGUUCACCCAUCAGUGAACAUCAACAGCCCAAGAUCGAGGAGCAGACAACAAUCUCUGCCGGCAAACUUAAGAGCCCCACCAGAGAAGGCCUUGGAAGUGUACUCGUGGCGAGUACAACUCCAAUUCUACCACCAAAUGAAAGACAAUUGUUGUCAACCGAAUUGAACAAAAUAGCGACAGCGGUCAGCUCGACGCCGUCGGCUACGAGGCAACAGAAAAGUCAAAGGACAACGCUUAGGACAAACAAGCUUCAUAGAUCGGUCUCGCCGAUUCCCACCAGGGAAAGAAUGUCGGUGCCCGAGAUAAGAAAUUCGAGUCUCCGUCGAUUGCUCGAUCCACCGAUGAGGCAAAGACACAGCAUCACGGGCAACCUGAGACAGAGCAUAAUCUCCCCGAUCAAACCCCUCGACUUUGGCAGAAAGUCGCCGAAGCAUUUGUUCGAAGAGGCUUUGGAAAGAUUCUGGAAGGACGAGAAAGAUGAGAAUCGAAAGAACGAGAUGUCGAAUUCGCAGACCAUCGCCGACAUUGCCGACGAACCUAAACACAUUCAGAAACAUUACUCGUACACGUACGAGACGGACGACAGUUCCUCGAUACUUGGAAAGAUAAGCAUGUCCGCGAUACCAAAGAAGAAAUAUUUGGAGAGUAAUUUCGAUGAGAACGAACAGGUGAUCACUACGGUGAUCGAAACCGACGUGCCAAUGAUAACGGCCAAUCCGAAGUACGUGAAGAAAUCGUCGUACUCGAGCGAGACCCCGAAGUGGAUUAGAAAAUAUUUGGAAAGCGAAAGCCCGAGAGUAGGAAGGAAGAUGACGAGCAACAAAGAGAAAUCUAACAGAAGGAACAGUCGGAGGAAAAGCUCUUUGGAAUCGGUGGAAGGCGAGAAAAUUACAGACAAAGUUCGUUCGAAGUCGGUGAGCAGCGGUGAAAGGAGCCCGAUGCUAAGGAACACCGGCAUACAGUCCGAGUUGAAGAACAUGAAGAACACAUACGUGAGGAUCGUAUCCUCGAAUAAAACUCAAGAGAACAGGUACGAGGUAAAGAUAGAGGACAACUGGAUCCACGAGAACAAUCACGGAUUGUAUGACGAUGAAUGCGACGAUACGGAUUCCGACGACUCCACGUCCAUU